AUGUCAAAAAUGAGUGAAGUUGAACCAACAUCAUUAUCAUCAACAACAACUUCAGAAAUAAAAAUAUUCUAUUAUAUUGAUCAUGAAGAUCUACCUUACUUAACAAAAUUAAAUGUAACUGGUUUACCACGUUUAAAAGAUUUUAAAAAUGCUCUUGGUCGUAAUUGUUCAAAAUAUAAAUUUUUCUUUGUUACAAGUGAUCCAUCUAUGGGAAAAGUUAGAGAAGAAAUUAUUAAUGAUGAAGAAAUUUUACCAGUUGAUACACAAGAUCGUACAGAGAUAACUGAUGCCGCUAAUCGAUCAGAUUCGCUAAGUCUUACAGUAUAG